GUUUUUGCCACACUCGCCGAGAGCCAGGUCAAAAUCCUAAAGGAGAUCCCACGAUCGGAGACGACGUGGGUGGACCAGCGCGUGCGUGUCGUGUCCGACUCCCUACGUGGGCUUGUCGAAGCAUGGCGCAAGCUACCAGCGGACCGCGGGAUUACGGACCCGUUGCAGGAGGAGGAGCUUUGGCAAGCGAUCCAGUUCGCAACUUAUCCGAGGAGAGUUGCAAGCGUGCAGAUUGCGGUGUAUGCGAACAAGGCGCACAAGAACUUGGAUCUACUGCAGAACCAUGCACCCUUCCCUGUCAAGAUUCUCCGUCAGGAGGGCGAGUGGAAGGGGACCUUGGACAAGCUGAUCGGCUACUGGUCUUACCUGAAGAUGGUGGACGACGAUGACUUGAUCGUUUUCCUGGAUGCCUUCGACGUUUUUCCCAAUGGUUUCGACGGCCACGAGCUACUCCGGCGGUUCUUCUCCUUCGGCACGCCCGUGGUAGUGGCUGCUGAGGAGAACAUUUUUCCGCGGGAGGUGAUGGAGCAAGCGACCGUGGCAGUGGAUCAGAUGCACGCCGUGGGCCUGGGAAAUGCUUCUGCUCCCUCGCGAUAUCUGAAUGCUGGUGGCAUCAUCGGCAUGGGAUGGGCUCUUCGCAAGAUCUACGAUGACAUGCGAUUGAACAUGGCUGCCAACAACCCUCAGCUCCUGAUGGCGCAUGCCGACGUUGUUGGGCACUGGUUCCUGCACUCCUACGACCAGUAUGAGCUGUGGCGAUAUUUCAUUCGCCAUGUCCGUGCUGUGGAGGAGGGCAGCGAGGAGAAGCUUGUAGCUUUGGAUACAGAGCAGAAGAUCUUUGGCUCGACCGUCUUCCAGAAGGCGAACUGGCCGGUUCUGCUGGAGACAGUGGAGCCUGGCAUCGCCUUCCGGAACGGAACGAAGAGUCACUCCAUCGACGUGGAUGUCCCCCUGGUCUUCGAUGCGCCCAUGUCCGUCUUUGAAACCUGGGGAUGUCGAGCACGCUUUCUCGGACGAAGGUACUUUCCCAUCUUCUGGCAUGGCCCUGUCCCCAGAUCAGGGCGCGCGGGGCAGAAGCUGUGGAGAGUGUUCGACAUGACACUGAGAACCUGGGCUAGUGGAACCAAUGGCCGCUUUGUCGAGGACUACGGAUUUUCGAUCCCGAUCACCAUCGGCGGGGUCCUGCAGCUCCAUUCCCAGAAAGCGGGUUAUGGUGCCAUCACGCAAUACAAGGAGUUGAAGAAGAGGCUGGCAGACUUGAACAGCGAGAGCAAAGAAGCCGAUGAAGUAAGGGCAGAACAGCAAAAGGCACUCUCCACCCACAUUCGCAGCAUGAUCGGGCUUUUCUUCCUGGGCUGCAUGAUCCCCGCAGCGCUGCGGAUCGUCUUGCAGAUGCCAUAUCCACUCCCUGCCACUCUGGUGGCUAUCUUCGCGCUUCAAUUCAUCGGGCAGCGGUAUACAAAAGUCAUCCAUUCGCGCCUCAACGGUGGCGUUCCAUCGGAGGAGUCAUUGCUGAACCGUGUCCGGGAGUGA